CAGACGAGUUCAAACCUGCCAGAGGCGCGAGGGGCCAGAUUUGAAAUGUGGUUGUUACCGGUGUCCUAUUACAGAGAUCACAGCAAAAAGUUCUGAAAACAAUAUUUCAUGACUUAAGUCAACCGUUGUUCGAAAACACGAUCGUAGUUCGGGUUAUGAUCUGUCGGCGUCGCUCUGUUUGCCCUGUAUUUCUUCAUUUCUUUUGGCAAACUCGUUAAAAGUGUGUGGUGUGUGGCUCUAACCGGGAGUUCGUUACUUUCAAAAGAAGACAACAGAGGACAACCAUUGUUUACAAAGAAGCACUAGACGAUGGAACCUUCACCAUUCGGUCCUAAAUCUCCAAUGAUUGACACUCCUGUGUGUGACAGUGAUGAAGAAGUUUUUUUUGGACCCGUAACCUCAAAAGAGCUUCAAAAAGCUUCUCAGUUGAAAAGGAGGACUCAAUUUUAUUUUCCAUCAUUUGACUGGAAACCAAGUGAUUUACCAUCAGAAAAUUUUUCUGUUCAAUCAGGAGGAAUAACAGAAACUGGUCUUGAAGUUGUUGGUUCCGGUAGUGUUGAGCAGCCCAAGCUCUCUCUCUCUGUUGAUUCCUUAGAGAGCCAAAGUUUUGUCACAUCAUCUGAAAGACCAGAGGAUAGUUCUAAAGGAGACUACUGGUCUGCCCUUUCAGGCAACAGUUCCGGGUCACAAGCAUCUUUAAAUGAAGGCCAUUUGUACUCAAAGUUUUCUGUUGACAGUUUGGAUUCUGAUCAGGCCCCAAGCACUGUGAAGAAAUGCCCACCUAAAUAUGAGCGCCCUGUAUCUAACUCUAAAUCCCCUCGGACUGCCCUUUCUUUCCACUCAAACAUAUCUGAUGACAGUCUGGAAGAUGGCUCUACAAAGCAGUUCAAUGUUGGAAAAUUGGUCUCUGGCUUUUCAGAUGGCUUGUCCAGUUCUGAACUGAAAUCAUCUGAUUCUUCACUCAUGAAAGACGUUUUGCUUUUGCACGAUGAAGCAAAUCUCCAAAACGAAACUUAUGUCAAGGAAAAAACUAAUUUCAGUAAUGAGUCUAAACAAUUCAAUUCAACUGAAGUGCUCUCGGACAGCUUAGAAAACAUAACUGAAAAUGUAGCUCCUGCAAAUGCAAGUAUUCCUGGUGUUGAGGAGUCCAUAUCCUAUGUGGGUAAUAAUACUUAUUCAUUGGAAGAUGAAUCAAAUGAAUGUCAAGGUGCCAUUGUGUCUGUUGUAAAUAGCUCAAACAAUUGUCAAGUUAUUGAACUUGAAAACAGUGAUAUUGAUGUGCCUGAAGUUAUUGCAGACAAAGAUGGGGGAUUUUUGUCCAUUCUUUCUGAAGCUGCAUUGUAUCAUGCUUCUCAGAUUAAGGAAACUGGCAGUACAGCAUAUCAUGAACAUGAAGAAUCAACAAGUACUACCCAGUCUUUAGAAGACCGUUUUAAAGUAUUUGGUAUUGAUGCUGGUGAUCUUGAAGAUCAGCAACUUUCUAACUCCAUCAUGUAUACAACUGGAAGAGAAAGCAAUGGUCAUUACUCUGAAAUAGAUAACAAUACUUUUUACACCGGAAGAAAUAACACUGUUGGCUUCUCAACACGGAAUUUUGAUGUGGCAACCUCGGAAACAUCUCAAACCACUCUUUCAUCCUUUAAUGACCUCAGCUCUGUCUCAUCACUUGGCUCGGAACAAUUAUACUCUUGUGAUGGAAAGAGGGAACAGAUAAAUCUAUCAAGUGGAAGUCAAGUAUCUGCCAAGAGUGAGUCAAAUGUUUUGAAUCAACAGAUUCAGACCUCUGGCUUGAGUAGCCAAAGCUGUUCAAGUUCUCAAGAUUCAAAGAAUUUGUCACAUCAGGAACAAGUAAAUAUCAACAAUUUGAUUGGAACUGAAUCUUUGAAUGAUUCUAGUAAAUAUCCGAGAGAAAGUUUGCAAAUUUCAGGUGUCUACCCCCUAAGCACGCACCUCUCUGAAAGUGAUUUGCACAAUGAAUUUUUGAAAGAGCGUGAACAUUAUGAUUUGGAACCUUCAUCCUCUGCUGAUGAGGGAGAGGCCGUUCUUGAUAAUUCUGGUGCUGCAUCGUCUAUCAGUGAAGGCAUAAGAGAGUUAUCUCACAAUGAUUCAGGGGCUUCAUCAAAUUUUGGUGAAUUGAAUGAUACCAUUGAAGAAUAUGAAAUGAUGAUGAAAUAUGGUGUGGAUUACAUUCUUGGUCGCAAGGGAAAUAAAAAAGAAACUAGUAAGGGCAUUGAAGAAAAUCAUCUGCCUGACUCUGGGGAUAAACUUCCCCAAUCGCCAAUUCAUGUUAAAGCGAGUAAGAAUUCUAGUGGAAGCUCAAUGGAAUACCUUGAUGCUGUUGAGUUCACUUCAAAACAAAACCAAUUUUCAAGAGUAAAAGAACCAAAACCUCUUUCUCCUCUUCAAAAACAGGUGCUAAAAAGCACGCCUCAAAAGUCCAAAGAUAUGCGCUGUGUACCUUCCAAACAAAAUACUCUAAAAUUGUCAUCUAAACUGCCUCGUGUUGCCUCUGCAGCCUCUGUCAGGCCAUUGCUCACGCCAUCUCCUCAGAAGACUAAAAAUUUGAUGCGGCCCCUGACAUAUUCAGAGCCUAAGACCUCCUCAAGGCCCCAAUCACGGCCAGUAACUCCUUCAUCUGAGACUAAAAUAGGCGCAUUCAAGAAGCCUAUUGCACCAGCCCUUCCAGUUAGUCGCCUACCUAAGACAACUGGCAUUCACCAGACUGCAAAGUCUAGCAACAAGAUUUUGGAAAAAAUCCAAAGUCCUGUUGGUGCUUACAUUCACAACUCUCCCUCACCAGUGCUAGUAACCAAUGUCAAGGCAAAGACGUUGGAUCGAGCACCAUAUGAAAGAGAAAACCACGCCAAAGCUCUCUGGCGUGCUGGAGAAAUGAAGUCAUCCAUCCCACGGCCUGGUAGCGGCAGCUCUCAGGCUGCUAAUACUGAAAAUGUAAACCCCAAUGUUGGGUGUGGUCUACCAGCGGUAAAAUAUACAAAAGCUCCUUGUAUUAAAUUGGAUGAACCAUCCAAAUUCUCAACUCCAAGAGUAGGUGAGAAAAUUAAUAAGCUUCUUGAUGCACCAUCCCCACAAGUUAUCAAACAUGAAGGCCGCUUACGGGUUAACUGUGGCAGCCCUCAGCUAGCAGCGAAAAUGCAGUCUAUGGCAGAAUCUUUUGAUGACAGCUUGAUGGAUGUCCAUUCUGUAUCAGGGGACAUCUCUGUAUGCGUGAGUCAAACAGCCUGUCGCACUAACACUUUAGGUCAUUGAGUACAUUUUGUUGAAACUGUAAAUAUUUCUCCCAUUUUGUAAAUAGUACAGCCAUAUCAUAGUGCCUCAUUUUAAUCUAUCCUUGCGACAUGAAUUUCUUUUUUAGUUCUAUGAUUGUUGAUAUCAUAGUUGUAAGAUGAGUAGGCAGUCUUGCCUACUCUACAUAAUUAAGUCUUAAUCAGCUGUUUAGGGAUGGAAGGAUCUUUCUUUCCCAAAUUCAUUAAUACAUUUUGCAGAGAUGGACUUUUGUAUGACAAAGUUUGGUUUGUUCCCUACCAUGAUUAGAUGGAUUGAAGUUUGCUUGUACAGAAAAAACAGUCACAUAUUAAGCGUGUGGUUGACUGUUUAUAUUUUAAUUAAUAAAGAAAAAAGUUUCAAUGA